GACUCCGGCGGGGAUUUUGCGCCCGGCUGCACUACAACUCCCGAAAUGCACCGGGACUGGAGCAAUGAAAAUGGAGGGGAGAGGACCGAAGAGGGCUUAUGACAAGGGGAGGACGGGGAGGAGCCGGCGCCUGCGCCAAGGCGCUCCGGUGGCGCAUUUUCCCCCCAUCGGGCGACUGAGGCGGAAGGGACCCGGGGGUGGGGCCUGGUCUUCUCCGCUCCGAGCGGAGACCCAAAGCGGGGCUGAGCGGCGCCUGAGAAGAGUGCGGCUCCCUCCCGUCGGCGGAGGAGGCCGCGGGCGAGCCGAAGCCUUCCUCAGGAGCGGGGGCCGCCUUCCCUCCCUCCCUCCUCUCCUGCCCCCCGCCCUUCUGCAAGUCCCGCCCACCUUCGCAAGCGGCUGUAAAAGGGGACGCGGGCGGGUCGAGAAGGAAGGAGACGACAGAGGAGUAGGCAAGAGGCUGGCUGGUUUCGGGAGGCUUCCAAGAGUGAACUGCUCCUCUGAAUUCUUUUUUUAAAAAAAUGGAACAAGUAGAAGAGACAUGUAAAAGAGUUCUCCUGGAGCCAUACCACUAUCUACUUCAACUCCCAGGUAAGCAAGUGAGAACCAAACUUUCUCAAGCAUUUAAUCACUGGCUGAAUGUUCCUGAAGAUAAGCUACAAGUUAUCAUUGAAGUGACAGAAAUGUUGCACAAUGCAAGUUUGCUUAUAGAUGACAUUGAAGACAAUUCAAAACUACGACGUGGUUUUCCAGUGGCUCACAGCAUUUAUGGAAUACCAUCUGUUAUAAACUGUGCAAAUUUUAUAUAUUUCCUUGGUUUGCAAAAAGUCUUGACUCUUGACCAUCCAGAUGCUGUUAAAGUGUUCACUCUCCAGCUUCUGGAACUCCAUAAGGGCCAAGGCUUGGAUAUUUACUGGAGAGAUAAUUACACUUGUCCAACAGAAUCAGAGUAUAAAGCCAUGGUUCUGCAAAAGACAGGAGGCCUUUUUGGACUGGCUGUAGGUCUUAUGCAAUUGUUCUCAAACUACAAAAAAGAUUUAAAGCCACUCCUUAACACCCUUGGGCUCUUCUUCCAAAUUCGCGAUGACUAUGCAAACUUGCAUUCCAAAGAAUAUAGUGAAAACAAAAGUUUUUGUGAAGACCUAACUGAAGGGAAGUUCUCAUUCCCAACUAUACAUGCCAUAUGGUCCAGGCCAGAGAGCACACAGGUGCAGAAUAUCCUGCGACAAAGAACUGAAAAUGUGGACAUUAAAAAAUACUGUGUACAUUAUCUUGAAAAUGUCGGUUCCUUUGAAUACACACGUAAAACAUUACAAGAACUUGAGUCUGAAGCUUAUAAACAAAUUGAAUUGCUUGGAGGCAACCCUGAGCUUGUAGCUUUAGUCGAAUACCUAAGUAAAACAUUCAGGGACACUGAAAAUUGAUAUAAUUGAUAAGUAGAAUUCAAUAUUCAAAUAAUCAGGGGAAAAAACAUUUUACAGUAUCUAUUUUUGCUGUCUAUGGAAUGGCUUUAAAGGAUAUUUUAAGGGUAAUGAGGGAUUGUAUUGGCUUAAAUAAUACUUUAAUUCUUAUUUUCAGCCUAUCAUGCAAUAUUGCAUAUUGUUAUACGCUUCCACUGAAAUAAAGCUGCCAAACCUUGUUUGUAUUA